AUGCCAUCAAACAAACCAGCAACGUCGGAUUCGAUUCCAAUCCCUGAGCCGUUAUUGACUCGGCUGAUCAUAGCCCCAGUACUCUUCGUCUCAUUCUUGGUAUCGUUGUUUCUCAUCGACCGCCAAACCUACGGCAGCAUCUUCGGCCGAUCUAGCAGCAAGGACGGAUAUUACCAUUCCCACCAGCGCAAAUUAGCUAAGCGAGAGAUGGACGACGCCUUCCAGUUGCGUCGCAAAGUGAUUGCCGCCAUAUGUAUUGUGAGCGCCGUGUCACUAGCAUUUGUUGCUUGGGGGAUUGAGUCGGUGUGGACCGUGUGGAGGGUCAGAGCGUAA